UCCUCUUACUGUGUUUGUAGAAGUCUGUUUCGUAGAGCUCUAUGGGCCGAAAACAGCGCGCGAAGCCCCGCUAGCUGCCUUCAAGUGGACAGAGCGGGAAGAACUCUUUCUUACGUGUACACACAGCUCGUGAGCUGGCUCGCUAUAUCGCCGGGAGCACGUGAACCCCCUGUCUCUUCAUAUUCUUUGUUUUCUCUGAAAACAAUCUCGGUGUUUUCCUCGCUUUCUCCCGUGUUCUGUGCAAAUUGAAGGACUGCGAAGGACUUUGUCAAAAGGCAGGCAACGAAGAACCGACGGGUGACGAGCGAAAACAUCAGUCCGCCAUUUUUCAUUCCCUAAUUGGCGCGUUUUCAAAAACACUCAGACGCCUAGGUCAGGCUCAAGCACCACGACGCUGGUCACCGAGUUCCGCGAGGCCGCGUGCAUGCAUGCGUUUUGAGCAGCUUAAGUUGACAAAGCGUUCCCUUUUUCCUCGAACUUGUCACAGUAGUUCCGACCUUCUGGAUUUUUUUCAAGGAAAAGAGAGCGGUUGUUUUCUGUUUUUCGAGUAUCUUCUUUUUCCGUUUCCCCCGUCCGUCCACUGAACAGCUUCCCGGAAGCAACUGCCUGUCGGCUCCGGUUGGCAUGCAGCGCGCAUUCGGUAAAGGAACGUUUGACCCUCUCCGUUCGUCUCCCACUGAACAUUUCCUCAACAAGAAAUACGGUUUCUCCCCUGUUCGUGUCUGAAGCUUUUCCGUACCCGCAUCGCGUUCAGGGUGCCUCCAGCUUUCCCCCUCCUUCCCCCUUUUUUCCGUGGUUGGUGAGAGCGGCCCGCAUUGCCAGUGUUUUUCGUCCUCUGCUCUCGGUCUUUCUUGCGUGCUCUCGCCUCUCUGGAUCUUCACCCUUCUCUUGCAAGCGUCUGCAAAUCUCUUGCGCGUUCCGGAGUUCUUCCGUCCGCAUUCUGCGUUUUCGCGUCCUCUGCGGUGCGGAACGGCAAUGGAGACAAAGAAGAAGCGAGGGCAGCAAGGCCCCACGGAGGAGGAGACGGACGGACCGUCGGUGGAGGCGAAGACUGAGGAGACAGAGGGCAAGCCAGCCGCGAAAAAAGAGGGCAAGCGGGGGAAGUACAGAAGAGACAAGCCUUGGGACACCGACGAUGUUGACCACUGGAAAAUCGAGGAAUUCAAGCCGGAACACAAUCCUGGGGGGAUGCUUGAGGAGAGCAGCUUCGCAUGUCUCUUUCCGCAGUACCGCGAGAAAUAUUUGAAGGAAGUCUGGCCAGAAGUGAAACGCGCGUUGGGUCAGCACUUCGUCAAGGCGGAGCUCGACCUCAUCGAGGGAUCCAUGACUGUGCGAACGACAAAGAAAACCUUCGACCCGUACAUCAUCAUCAAGGCGCGCGACAUGAUCAAGCUGUUGGCCCGAAGCGUCCCGAUCGCGCAAGCAAGGAAAAUUCUCGAUGAUGGAAUGUUCUGCGACAUCAUUAAAAUCGGAGGCAUGGUUCGAAACAAAGAGAAAUUCGUGAAGAGAAGGCAGAGACUCGUCGGGCCUAACGGCUCGACUCUGAAGGCGAUCGAACUCCUGACGAAAUGCUACGUCCUCGUGCAGGGACAGACUGUCUCUGUUAUGGGCACCCACAAAGGAAUAAAAGUUGUUCAACGUCUCGUGGAAGACUGCAUGAAGAACAUCCACCCUGUUUACCACAUCAAGGAACUGAUGAUUAAACGGGAGCUGGAGAAGGACCCUGCCCUGGUCGAGGAGAACUGGGAGCGUUUUCUUCCACAGUUCAAGAAACGAAAUGUGCAGCGAAAGGCGCGGCGCGCGGCGAUCAAGAAGAAAAGCAAAAGUCUCUUCCCGCCGGAGCAGACCCCGCGGAAGGAGGACUUGCUUCUCGAGUCUGGCGAAUACUUUGUCACUGAGGAACAGAAACAGAUGAAGAAGGCGAAGGAGGUGCUUGAGAAGCGAGAGAUGCGCACUGCAGAGAGGAAACGCGAGAGACAGCAAGCCUUCGAGCCGUCGGCUGAGAACUCUGCCAAGAAGCGACAUGCCGGCACCGCGGAGUCUGCAGGGAGCGCUGAGUCGGCCUCGCGGGAUUCCAUUUCGGCGAUCGCAGAACGUCUGCAAGUACGGACGAAAAAAGGAGCGAAGAAGUCAGCAGGAGGUGCAGCUCACUUGCUCUAAAGAUGGCUUUUCUGCUCACUGCGCCUCCACGCGGUGGUGUCGCGUGCUUCUCCAUCUUCACUCUCUUGCCCUCCUCUUCCCUUUGAAUUCGCUCUUGCCUCCAGCUUCUGCAACGCUCUGUCUCGCACUGCUGACAGCCGCGCCGUUUUUCUUAAGGUCUAUCCCUUUUCGUGUCGGCCUCUCUAAACUUUUCCUGCCUCAGAUCUUCUCGCUUUCUCGCGGAGCGCUCCCCCUUAGUGGCAACCUCUCUGUCAACAGAACUCUUAUCAACAUGUGGCUGU